AUGCGGAAACACACUGCUGCUCUGCUUGAAGUCAAGCUGCACGAGGCGGGCGAUGCCGUGGAAGCGCUGAGGAGGUACUCCUCGGCCCUCUCUCACACCCCCGACGACCACCUGCUUCAUUCCAACCGCGCCAUGGCCCUGGCCAAGCUCGGGCGAUGGAGCGAAUCCGAGAAGUCGGCUGCCAAGGCCGUGGAAGCAUCGCCCGAUUUCGCCAAGGGAUACCUCAGGCUCGCCAAGGCUCAGCUAGAACAGGCCAAAAACGCCGAGGCCGUGACGGCCUGCGACGAAGGCCUGGCCGCCGAGAGGCGGUCGUCCUUGCCCCCCUCUACACCGGUUGCCGUGGCAGCAGCAGGAGGGGGGGGCGGCGACGGCGGGGCCCCGGCAGUAGCGGUGUCGAAGACCGUGAGGGAGCUGGAAAUGAUGGCAGCCACCGCUUUGGAGCGGCUCAGAGCUCAAGAAGGCGCGGGUUCCCGGCGACAAAGCGGCGCAAGUAGUGCCGGGUCGGGUUCGAGUAGCCGUCGGGAUUCGUCGUCGUCGGAAGCGGCGAGCGGCCGGCGGAAACGGUCGAUGUCGUCGAGCGGAACGGCGGGGGCCGGAGGCGUGGCGACAGGAGUCGGUAGCGGCGGCGGCGGGGGGGGUAAGGCGGUGGGCGAAGGGAGUGAUCCGCCGAAACCGUCGAUCAAAGACUUCAAGGUCGUGAAGGAACUUGGCACUGGGAACUUUUCCACCAUCGUGAAGGCGGAGCACCGGCGAACCGGCAAGCCUUUCGCUCUCAAGAUGAUCGAGAAGGCGGAGGUGAACCGUCUGAAGCGCAGGCACGAGAACGUGUACAACGAGAUCUACAUGGAGAAGCGCGCCCUCACCAAGCUGAGCCACCCCAACAUCGUCAGGAUGCACUCCACCUUCCAGGACUAUAGCACCCUGUACUACCUGUUGGACAUGUGCGACGGGGGAGAGGUAUGGAAGCGGCUGACCGUGGACGAUAAGGUGGUCGGGGCUCACCCUUCGCUGGCGAGGUUCUGGCUGUCCGAGGUAGUGUCGGCCAUGGAGCACAUGCACCGAAGGGGGCUGGUGCAUCGAGAUCUCAAGCCGGAGAACAUGAUGCUGACCAUGGGGGGGCAUGUGAAGCUGGUGGACUUCGGAACUUGCAAGGACCUGCUGGAGACGGACAUCAACGGCGGGGAAUUCGUGGGCACCGCGCAGUACAUGUCGCCGCAGGCCGUCGCCAGCGAGGAGCAGGGCCGAGAGGCGGAUCUCUGGGCGCUCGGUUGCUGCGUAUACCAGUUCCUGGUGGGGUUCACCCCCUUCCACGCGCCCAGCCCCUACCUGUGCUUCCUGCGGAUCAAGAAGGGCGUCUUCAGGUGCCCGGAAGUCCUCCCCGAUGAUGCCACGGACCUAGUCAAACGCCUGCUCCGCAGAAACCCUUCCAGCCGCCUCGGAGCGGGGCCGUUGUCCGGCACCGACCCAGCCCCUUCCCCUUCGGGGGAGCCCGGUGGGGCGGCGGCGGCGGGAGGGGGGGCUGCUGAGGGCAAAGCCGAAGGGAGGGGGGGGGGUAGGCGGGACGGCGGCGGCGGCGGGUUCGAGGCGCUCAAGGGGCACCCCUUCUUCCGCGGCCUGGAGUUUGUCGGCGACGGACAGCCGCUGCCGCCGUCGGUGACGGUUCCCAAGCUGUACGAGCUCUGCGUUCGAGCGCUUGCUCACCACAUGGUGGACUACGCCGAAUUCACUCCCCUCAUCAGAGAGCCAUUUCCAGACCACGUUGACAUCAAGCGCCUCGGUGCGGGCGGGGAGGGGGUCCCGUGCGGCACCAGUGCCGGCGGUAGCACCCCGGGAGGGGGCCCCGCGGCUGCGGCUGCGAAUGCUGCUGCCCUCAAGCGGCGGCGGGGUUUCGUGGAGCGCACGAGGCAUUACCUGCGGCGUCUCCGGUUGCUGCAGCGCCCCAAGGUGCACCGCCUGUUUCACCCUUCCGCCGUGGACGCGAAGAGUCUGAGGGCCGACCCGAUCAUGAGAGAGUACCUGGGUUUGGACUGGGAGUCUCAGGGUCACUGGGACGAGCCGUUCUUCUUCAUCCAGAUCGCGGACCCGCAACUGGGAAUGGUGAAGGCUGAUGGUCCCGUGGGGGGAGCGGUGUGGGAGAUCGAGGCCGAGCGGCUGUCGCGUGUGGUCGGAAUCGUGAACAGGCUGCGGCCCAAGUUCCUCCUGGUGACCGGGGAUAUGACGCACGCCCCCCCGGGUAACGAGUACUACGAGGGACAGCCUAGGAUCAUUUGA